CACUCACAUUAAACACCGCCGAGGAAGAAAUGACACCGUGGAUUUGACUCUUGUGACCUAACCAGCGCCGCUGCUGCGUUUUAUUAUUGCCGUUUGUUUUAAAAGUGUGUUUACAGGAUUCUGGUUAAAAAUGGCUGAAUCUUCGUCAGAAUUCACGGAGCGCACCGCGGAAACGAUGCCGGCAGCGUUAGGAGCAGAAUACACCCCCACAGAGGAGGAGAGGAAAGUGUUCAAACAGUGCGAUGAAGAGAGCUUCUGGUACAGAUCGGUGCCAUUCUCCGCCAGUGCUAUGGCCCUCACUCACAUGCUCGUUACCAAAGGGAAGCUGACGUCAUCCCCGCGGUUCGGAUCUCUGCCUAAAGUGCUGUUUGCCGGUAUGUGUGGCUACUUCGCAGGAAAGCUGUCCUAUAUGAAGACGUGUCGGCAGAAAUUCUAUAAUUUGGAGAAUUCACCAAUUGCAGAAGCUCUUCGACAGAGACACCGACAUCAUCACCGUCCACCACAGUUCGCUGGUCCUCAGCCGGAGCUCAGUGAAGAUGAGAAGCCUCAGUUUGAGGUGUUUCAGUCGGAGAGUGUCUCAGAUUCUCCCCCUGACCUCAGCUACAGCGACACCACACACUCGGCUCCACACCGCGACCUUCACACACGCGCGCUGCGUGAGGAGGAGGAGGAGGGGGAGGAGGUGAAGAAGAAACCCAUCCUUUAUGAGGAGCUGCGCAACAAGAACAGGGAGAACUACGACAUCACCCGGAACCAGAAAAUAGACAGAGACACGCCCAAGAAGGAUGUGAAGAAGAACAAAUACGGCGACACGUGGGACGAGUGAGGAGCGCACGAGCAGCUGAAUUCUGGGAGAAAUCUCAGCUGUGUGAAUGCCUUCGUCUGUGUAUUACAGUGUUAAUAAUAAACGCUCUGUAUGAAAAAAUAUAA